AUGAUCUGGUACUUACUGUAUCCAUUUCGAGGGACUACCGAUGCGCCAGUCCUUGAUCACAGGCACCCUAUCCGGCAUGCCUUUACCCGCUACGGUCACAAUACGGCGCAUCACCCUAUCAUUACGCUUGUAACAUCCAUUGUCGCUGCUGCUAUUUUAAUAUUUCCUUUCCCAUUUCUGUACACAAACGACUUUACCAAUGGAUCCUCCAACUUACCGCAUCAUGUUUGGACAUCUGCCCAACCGUUUGAAGGACCGGCAACGACCUCGGCUGAUGUAGUUAUGCGUUCGGUCUGGGUACAUGGCAGUUACAUGAAAGCGCUCGAAUCAAAUGUGUUCCAAAGAGCUCUUGAAAUUCAGGACUAUUUACUAGGACCAACAGUCGAUUUUGAUCCCAGACGGCCCGUUGAUAAAAUCGAUACAGAGUACCCAAUGCUUGAUCUCACAACCGAAGCACGCGACAAGCUCCACGCUAUAAACGGUCUGAGUGAUAAGUCAUGGUUUUUUCACUCCCCUCUUCAAUAUUGGUCCUGUUCCAUGGAGAAAAUAAAAAGCGACAAGGAUAUUCUCACUACAAUAAAUCAGAGUGCACGACAGGCUACUUCACUAAAUGUGACACUGCGACAUUCCAUUGUAUUCAGCGGAAAGCGUUUUGAAGACCAUCGAAUUGUCGCCGCUGAUGCUCUUGUCAUAACUUUGAUCCAUAUGCAGGAUUCACCUGUCGGUAGACAAUGGGAACGUAAAGCUGAGGAGCUUGCUCUAAAGAGGUCAAAAAAAUGGCACCUCUAUCCGGAAGAUGGCAGAUCUCUCUCGAACACACUUUAUGAGUUCCGUUUCCAGCCUUUAUCGCUACAAGAUGACCUUUUUUUAGGAGCUGCUUACGGCCUUACUUUAAUUUACUUCUUUCUUAGUCUAUCAAAGCUCCGUGCCAUCAGAACCGAACUUGGCUUGAUUAUUGCAAUUAUUGUACAAAUUGCUAUCUCAAUAAUGGCUAGCUUUACUGUCUGCGCGGUCUUUAAGGUUGAUUUAUCCAAGAUACCUAGAGAGGCUUAUCCACUAGUUGUACUCACUGUAGGGUUGGAAAAUAUGUUUAGGCUCAUAAAUGCUGUAAUAACAACACGCUCUGAGGAUUCAACUGCUGUUCGAAUCGGCGAGGCUCUAGGCAAAACAAGCCAUGUUGCUCUCGCCGGAGUCUGCCAGAAUCUAGCUAUUCUCUGGGUAUUAUCUCGUGGUGUUUAUCCUCAAAUUACAGCUUUCUGUACAUUUGCAGCUGUUGCUUUGACAUUUGAUUUUUUUUUCCUGCUGACAUUCUUUGCCGCAGUCCUUAGCAUUGACUUGCGCCGCAUGGAACUUGGAGACGCACUGAAUAGAGCUGUCUCUCAACAUCAUCUGAUAGCACCAUCGAGACACCCAACUAGACAAGCCUGGACUGAUGCAAUCCUUAAUGGCCAAGCUCCCUUCCCAACCCGAACAGCUGGGACGGUUGUCAUGAUAAGUUUCGUCUUGAUGGCCCAGUGGCAUUUCUUUGACAAUGAAAGUCUUCUUCAGACGGCGUCUCGACUCUUCUGUCUCGUCAAAUUAAAUACAGAAAUAUCACCACUCGCCUCGUCUCUCCCUGCGGUUGAUAUUCAUCAGGCACGUACACCGACAGCAUGGCUCAGAAUGCAAGAUCACGAAACAGCUCACGAAGUCAUUAAAGUCGUCAAGCCUCAUGCAAACAGCUAUAUAGCGCGAGUAUAUGAUCCACUUGUAUUUGUUGUAAAUGGAUCAGAUAGAACACCAAAUGAACUUGGUGUCCGAACUUUUCUUCCGGCUGCCUACGACUUUGCAAAACAUCAAUUUGGCGUGUUUUUGUUCACUAUUGUAAUUACUGUGGUUGCAGUAUCUCUAUUGCUUAACUACCUCUUGUGGGAUGAAAUAAUCGACAGCGACGACGAAAAUCGACAUGAUGACGAACCGCUAAUUUCAAUUAUCAAUCUAAGUCGUGGCCAUGCUCUAGAUAUAGCUCUACUUAAAACUUCUAAGGAUGGGAUACUAGCAACGGUAGGACUAGAUCGGUGGGUGAGAAUUUGGAAUAUCCGCAAAAAAAUAACAAGCUAUGUUAUUAAUGAUGAAGAAGAACCUGUUGAUCCCUUUCCUGUCUUAGCAUUAGCUAUUGAUACUAACUCAAACUGGAUCGCAAUUUUAUCAGCAAAGGAUAAACUAUUAUUAUGGAAUAUUCCAGAGCGAAGGUGGGGUCCAUCAAUGCAUGUUCAUCUAUGCGAACACGCACCUGCGGGGUUUUAUUUUGGGCAUAACAAGGCUGCACUGAUAAAUCCCAUUCUUCUGAUCCGGAGAAAUGGGCUAAUGUCGGAGCUAAAUGUGAGCGAGCGGGAAGAAAAGAAGAUUCAAAUCUCUCCUGGACCUCUUCUUAGUGUGCACCUACACGCCGAAAAGUACUUGGCUACGCCAAAUCCACCGUUAAAGAUAUUUUCUAUUUCUAAGAAGGGCAGUAUCCACCAAACAUCUCAAACCAAAACGGGAUGGAGCUCAUCAUGCAUCGAAGUUCCGGAGCCAAAUAUUGGGGAAAAGUUUAUUUCCAUCCUACCAGUCCAAAACUUAUCACUUCUGUUCGGUGUCCGAAUGUCUUCGGUAGAGUUAAUCGACCUAUCAAAUCUUACAGUUGUCCGUACUUUUCCUACCAAAGCUAUACAGCGAAAUAGCCUUAGAGUUUUUCAUUCUACACGACGAAGAUCACAAUGUGGGUCACCUGAAUUGUGUAGCUUAGUAAUUGCCUACACGUGUGUCGAUACAGGAUCAUGUCUCAUGCAUAUUUAUCUUCCGCAAAUAGAGGGCGACUCCAUUUGCUCCAGCGAAUAUUGUCAGUCUAGAAAAUGUAGCAACUUCGUCUGGCGUGAAACAAGGGAGCAUCAAUUUGAGAUUGAAAAUCCUGGUCAGUGGGAAGCACUUCAAUCGGGCUAUUUAAUUGGUAUUCGAAAGCGAGAAGCUCGAUCUCAAGUGAAGGAGGAUCUCCCACAUACACUACAUGCAGAUCUUCGGCGUAGAGGUAUUAGGUUUUCAAGAAAAUUUAAUGAUAAUGCACCGCAUUCACCGCCUGAACAAGACCUCUGGGAAGUUUGGGCCAUAUCAGCUCGUGGCGAAAGAUAUGCACAACCACUAUGUGGUCCAACCGAGCAGGACUACUUACUGAUUGGUAGCCUUGGACCCAUGCAAGUAAUGGGAAGGUAUAGCGUUGCAGUUGGCCUAGGAAACAUGGUCAAGGUAAUAUCUGUUGGUAAGGCAAAGUUUGAUUGUGACGAAAAUUUGAGCGAUGACGCGACAUUUGCGGCGAUGGCUGUGACGAGACGAAGACGUCCUAACCUCUCGAAGAGAAAAAGUCGUUAA